AUGCAGGUCGGGAGAACUAUCGAACAGCUCAAAAAGAGGCGGCAUGCCUAUCUCGGACCCUACGUUCCUCCCCCACAGGAACGGCGGAUCCAGCGCGUCGACCCGGCGGAGGAGGUUGGGCAGCUGAAGGGUGAUAUCCUGGGUGACAAGCGCGCGCUAGUCAUUACGCUCGGCGAGGACUUCUGGGUCGGUCGUCAUCCGGGAUGUGACCUCGUCAUAGACCAUCCGACCAUAUCAAAUUUCCACCUUAGGAUCUACGCGCAAGUCAAACUCCGUACCUCCUCCCUGAUCUGCGUCCAUGACCUUUCAACGAACGGAUUCAUCCUGAACGACACCACCUACAAGUCUACCCAGACAUACGACAUUGGUGGCGUCAAACACUCUACUCGGUGUAUCAUCAUCCGGCCGGGAGACAUAUUGCGAUUUCCAGACUCUCCAAUUGAGCUUUCCUGUCGCUACUUCUCCCACCACUCCGAGCCCACCCAAGCCCAAUACGAAGGUCCCGGCCAGGUCCGCUGCGAGAUCCCCGCCCUCUUCCCCUCGUCCGACGCAAGUGAGCCACUCGAAGCGGGUCCAUGGCGUAUCUGCAACUUUACCCUCGGAACAGGCAGCUUCGGCCGCGUCCACCUCGCCACUAAUAUCGCCACUCCUGGACUGCAAGUCGCUUGCAAGACGGCUCGGUUCAAUAAGCAGAUCGAGGUGGAGAUCUCGGUCAUGAAGGGUCUGGCACAUCCCAACAUCUGCGGGAUAUACGAUAUGGUCAGGGAGGACGAGGGGGAGGUGAUACACCUCUUCCUGCCCUUGGUGACCGGCGGAGAUCUCUUCUCGUAUUUGGAGAAACAUCUAUACCUCACCGAGGACGAGGGGAAGUUUGCAGCGUACCAGCUGCUGAAGGCGCUGGAGUUCCUAUACGGCAAAGGUAUUGCUCAUCGCGAUGUCAAGCCCGAAAACGUCCUCCUCCACAAGUCCGGCGCCUUUCCCCACCUCCUCCUCGCCGACUUUGGCCUCGCAACAACCCGCGACCAAGUCCUUCACUCUGUCCCGUGGGACCGAAACAACCUCGUCGAGCGAAACCAUCGUAUCUUUACCGGCACAUCCACCUAUAUACCCCCAGAACGGCUCAAGGCCAUCCUCGGCAGGAAGCGGUCUACCGUCGGGCUGGCCGAGAGUGUGCACGGAGGGAUCGUACCGUGGAGGGAGGCGAUCGGGAAGUUGUGGUUUGAGGAGGAGGCGAUGUUGGAUCGCUGGGCAUUCGGAAUCGUGCUAUACACUCUCAUGACCGGCGCCCACCCCUACGACGAGAGGCUCGAUCACGAGGUCUUUGACCGGACGGCGACCGAUAACUCACAGAUGACCGCGGCGACUAGUCGGCGACGAACGUCAGCUCAGAGCUGGAAUGAAUUCCGCAGCAGGAAUCCGAAUGGUACGGUCGGGGACGGGCCACAGUCAGAGCAAGAGGCGGAGUGGAGGCGGGUCGAGAGUAGGUGUUCCAGGUUCGGCAAACUUCGACCGGACUACUGGCAGCCAGAAGAGCGCUGGGUGGGGAUCAGCGCAGAAGGUCGGGACUUCGUCGCCCAGCUCCUUUCCCCUCACGCGACCAAGCGCGUGACUCUCGCCGAAGCGUUCACCCAUACCUGGCUUUCCGACCAACAAGCCGCUCUCGAUAACGUAUACCGCACCGUCGUCACCCAGGGCAAGCUUGAGCGAGCUAGCAUCUGGAACCGAAACGGCGGCGUUGCACCCUUCAAGAAAUCGAUCAUCGUCGAGCUCGACACGACCCCUCCUGAGCAGGGUCCCUCGGGCUCCGAAGACGUCAUUACUGCCACUACUGCUCUAGCCCCGUCGCAUGCUACCAAGAGCCCUGCCGAUACUGUUCCUGUCCUCGAACCGACCAAAACGAAACGUACCAAGCAAACGAAGCGGAAGGACUCUCACGAUGACCCGGCUACCGAAAAGCCAAAGAAGAAAUCGAAAUCCAAGAAAGCCGUCGCUGCCGCUGCUGCCGCCACUCUCGGGGAGGCGGGCGAUACUACCGAUCCCGUCGACGCAUCAGUACCUUCCUCCUCCAAACCUACUCACCUUCCCAAGAAGAAACCCGGGCCCAAACCGAAGGUCACAACCAAGAAAGCCGCUGCACCCCCACGCCGCCCUUCGUCCCUCUUCUUACCCGACGGCGGCAUAUUUGGGGAGCUCGAUGAUAUCGCAGAGGAGAACGAGGAGGCGGGCGAGGAUGAGCGGGCGAGAAGGGAGGCCGAGGAGGCUAUGGGAAGUCUGGGCGGGGCGGCUAUGACACUCAACGACCUCUUAUCGGCCGGACCUGGCGAAGCGAGCGGGAGCGGCAGUGGGACCGGCGGGAUGGCGGGAAUGGGAGGUGGUGCGCAGACUCAAGGGGAACAAGAGAGUAUGCCUCCAAUCAAGGCGGGUCAGAGAAAGUCAAUCUUGGCAAAGAAGGGAGUAGGGGUGAAGCCGAUAAGCAAGACUUCACUGUUUGCUACAGCUCGAGCUCGUUUGGAAGAGGAAACCCUUCGACCGUCCGAUCUCGCCAGCUCCCUCCAAGCUACACCAUCCGCAUCAACCUCGAAGCCAUCCUCGCAAGUCCAGGUGGGCAAGACGAUCACCAAACGGCCUGGGGUGGUUCUGAAGCGGGUCGAGAAGGCUGGUGCGAAGUGA